AUGGCGAGCAAAGCCCUCUUCUUCGAGUGCCUUCGAAGCCCUAGCCUCUCGCUGAGGCCUCGCUAUCCAUCGAUGCCGAAGUACCCGAAGGGCUCGUCCGUGGCUUCCUCUAGCUGUGUUGGUCCUGAUGAGACAGAGGAGAUGAGGGUCACGGCGCUCUUCUCGGUGAUUGGGAUGACUUGCUCCGCGUGCGCUGGGUCGGUGGAGAAGGCUAUCAAGAGAUUGCCUGGGAUUCAUGAUGCGGCUGUCGACGUGUUGGGGAAUCGAGCUCAGGUUGUCUUUUACCCGGCCUUCGUCUCGGAAGAGCAAAUUCAAGAGACCAUUGAAGAUGUUGGAUUUGAAGCUGCAUUGAUUGUAGAGGAAAUGAAUGAAAAAUCAACUCUAAUAUGCAGAAUCCGCAUAAAAGGAAUGACUUGUACUUCUUGCUCAGGGACUGUGGAAUCUGCUUUGCAAGGUGUUCAUGGUGUACAGAAAGCCAUAGUAGCCUUGGCAACUGAAGAGGCAGAAAUUCAGUAUGAUCCUAAAAUUGUUAGUGCUGAUAAACUCAUGGAGGUUGUUGAAGAUACUGGUUUUGAAGCUAUCCUUAUGAGCACCGGGGAGGAUCGAAGCAAGAUAGAUCUCAGGCUAGAUGGAGUACGUACUGAACGAUCUAUGAGAAUCAUUGAAAAUUCACUUCAAGCACUUCCUGGAAUAGAAAAUAUAAGUACAGAUUUUCUGCUUAAAAAGAUCUCUCUAUCCUACAAACCAGACCGAACUGGUCCCCGGACUUUCAUUGAAGUUGUUGAAUCAACUGGUUCUGGACGUUUCAAGGCAUCAUUAUAUCCUGAUGGUGUGGGAAGGGAGCCCCACAAGCAUCGUGAGAUUAAGCAGUACUAUCAGUCUUUCCUUUGGAGUAUAGUCUUUACAAUCCCAGUGUUUCUGACUUCAAUGGUGUUUAUGUAUGUUCCAGGGAUUAAGCAUGGACUUGAUAAGAAAAUAGUUAAUAUGCUGAGCAUUGGGGAGCUUUUGAGAUGGAUAUUAGCCACGCCAGUUCAAUUCAUCAUUGGAAGAAGAUUUUAUAUAGGAGCAUAUAAAGCUUUGCGACAUGGAUCUGCAAACAUGGAUGUCCUCAUUGCUCUAGGAACUAAUGCAGCAUACUUCUAUUCAGUCUACUCGGUGCUUAGAGCAGCAACUUCACCAAGUUUUAAGUCAACAGAUUUUUUUGAGACUAGUUCAAUGCUCAUCUCAUUUAUUUUACUUGGGAAGUAUCUGGAGGUCUUAGCCAAAGGGAAAACAUCUGAGGCCAUUGCCAAGCUCAUGGACUUGGCCCCUGAAACUGCAACUUUGUUAACUUAUGACAGUGAAGGAAAUGUACUUAAUGAGACGGAGAUUGAUAGUCGGUUGAUACAGAAGAAUGAUGUGAUUAAAAUUGUGCCUGGCGGUAAGGUGGCAUCUGAUGGUGUUGUUAUAUGGGGCCAGAGCCAUGUCAAUGAGAGCAUGAUAACAGGUGAAGCUCGCCCUGUUGCAAAAAGGAAGGGUCAUACUGUGAUAGGUGGAACUGUGAAUGAAAAUGGUGUCUUGCAUGUUCAGACGACACACAUUGGAUCUGAAAGUGCUCUAGCUCAAAUUGUCCGGCUUAUAGAAUCAGCACAAAUGGCCAAAGCUCCUAUUCAGAAGUUUGCGGAUCGCAUUUCCAUGUAUUUUGUGCCCAUGGUCAUAUCCUUUGCGUUCAUUACUUGGCUUUCAUGGUAUUUAGCUGGAAAACUCCACAGCUACCCUGGAUCUUGGGUUCCAUCUUCCAUGGAUACCUUCCAACUUUCUCUCCAGUUUGGCAUAGCAGUUGUGGUCAUAGCUUGUCCAUGUGCUCUUGGCCUUGCGACUCCCACAGCUGUAAUGGUGGCCACUGGUGUGGGUGCUUCACAAGGUGUUCUAAUUAAAGGGGGUCAAGCAUUGGAGAGCACACACAAGGUGAACUGCAUUGUGUUCGACAAGACAGGCACACUCACCACGGGUAAGCCAGUUGUCGUCACCACAAGGUUGUUGAAGAAUAUGGUGUUAGGUGACUUCUAUGAAUAUGUUGCAGCAGCAGAGGUAAACAGUGAGCAUCCCUUAGCUAAAGCUAUCGUUCAAUAUGCCAAAAGAUUUGGAGAUGAAGAUAACCAUGUGUGGCCUGCGGUACGAGACUUUGUUUCUGUCACUGGUCAUGGUGUCAAAGCUACAGUCAGAAACAAAGAAAUUGUUGUGGGCAACAAGACCUUGAUGUUAGAUUCAGGCAUUCAUAUUCCAGUUGAAGCCUCUGAAUUACUCAGGGAAGCCGAGGAGAUGGCCCAAACAGGAAUAAUUGUAUCAAUGAAUCAGGAAGUGGUCGGAAUAAUAGCGAUCUCCGAUCCUCUGAAGCCUGGUGCACAAGAUGUAAUAUCGAUUCUCAACUCCAUGAAGGUGAAGAGCAUUAUGGUGACAGGGGAUAACUGGGGUACUGCAAAUGCAAUUGCUAAAGAAGUUGGAAUCGACACUGUUGUUGCUGAAGCUAGACCUGAACAGAAAGCUGAGAAAGUCAAAGAACUGCAGGUAUGAUGUGUGGCUUUUACUGUGGCAAUGGUUGGGGACGGAAUAAAUGAUUCUCCAGCACUUGUUUCUGCAGACGUAGGGAUGGCAAUAGGUGCUGGAACAGACAUAGCUAUUGAAGCAGCUGACAUUGUUCUCAUGAAGAGCAACUUAGAAGAUGUCAUAAUUGCCAUAGAUCUCUCGAGGAAGACCUUCUCUAGAAUAAGGCUAAAUUAUAUCUGGGCUCUUGGUUAUAACAUCCUUGGAAUACCGAUUGCUGCCGGAGUUCUCUUUCCUUUCACCGGGUUCCGACUGCCACCUUGGAUUGCUGGUGCAGCAAUGGCAGCAUCCUCAGUUAGUGUAGUCCUCUGUUCACUGUUAUUGAAGAAUUACAAGAGGCCAAAGAAGUUGAAUAAUAUGCAGAUCAGAGGUAUCAUGGUGGAGUAAAUUUGUGCAGCCAUUUGAACAAGAAUAAUGGCUGCAAAUAUUUUUGUAUGAUUGGAUAGUAAUAAUGGUCUUUGUUGAUGUUUCAUGUCGUUUUGUUUCUCUUGUCAGUUGGAGUUUUUUACUAUUUGAGUAUGGCCAUUUGGGGACAUUACCUGUAAAUUUCAAAAAUAAUGACGGUAAAUGUUGUGUGCUUUGUAUAAAUGGAUUAUGCCGCUCUCUUUGUUGGAAAUACAGUGUAGCUGUUUGAAUUUAGAUAAAAUUGCUAGAGUGGCCUGUA